AUGGGUAGAAACCUUGUUAUUUAUUAUAAUGACUCCAUCGACUCGGACAACCUCGCUGCCGCAAUGGCCUUGUGGAAGGCGACAUACCAGAGGCCAAACACUCGCUUGAUUUGGAUCAUAGAGCCUCGCCAGGUGGGCUUUGGGCUAUCUAUGACAGUAGAACAAGUAUCAAAGUGUAAGGACUUGAUACAAAAGCACUUUGGAUCGCUUGGGAAUCCCUUCAAGGUGCUUUUGAGUGGACUUAUCAACCAGACGGAUCUUGAUAAUAUCAAAGCUGUCACACAGGUUGAUCGCCAGCUGCUGCAAAUGGCUGUAAUGCCGGAUUACGAUUCACGAGAACAUGCCGCGUGUCAUGGACGCCUUACAGCUUGGGACUUUGCUUCUUGUUUGGCCGAGUGGUCGAAGAAUGCCCCCAACCAAGUCUUCGUGGAUUUUGAGAGCCUAGAUGAGAUUGAAAAUCCCGUGAAUCUCAACUUUCAUCAUCAUGAAGAGCUUGUCAACCGGAGCGCAGACGAGCUGAAGGCAUACGAUAACAUUAUGAAGGAACCUCUUGCACAGCGAUCACGGAGCCUACAAGACUGGUACGAAGGAUGCGCCAAGAGAAUCGAGCAAGAGGAAUGCAAUUCGAAGACUUCUGUGCAACCUCUUAACUUGAAAACUGUUUAUAAUGCAAUCGAAACUGCAGCAAGUGUUCGUUUCUUUGGGGGCUCUUCUUUGAGGAUCUUGCGGCAGUUUCUUGAGAAUGGCGUAGCUGGUAAAGUCAAGUGCCAUCUGCAAGUGGGUUCUUGCGACAUGUCGGCGAAUCUAUUUGCAAAUCAGUUCAAUAUCGCUCUCAACAGAGAGGCUGCCAAAACAGUGCUUAGUCGAUCAACAGAGUUCUCAAAGUUUACCGUUGUCCCUUCACACACUGCACAGAGUAUGAAAUACUCAGCGUUGGGUCUGAAGGACGCCGGAGGUCAUUGCCUAGAGAAGCGAAUCUUGGGCUUUAACUGUCGCGAAGACCCUUUCAAGAUCGCCACGAAUGUUGUCUCGUUAGACGGCCAAUAUUCCGACAAAGCAUACGCGAUGCCGGACUUGACCACAUUCCUAUGUGCGCUCAUUCCUGGCUAUAUGGGGUCGAAGUUGGAAUUUGUAGAAGUUGAGGAGGAUUCCAACGGGACGAUUCUCUUCAAACCUUCUAACAAGGGAAUUAGGAUGUACAGUUUAGGAGAGCCAAAGACAUUCAUGCUGGACGAGAUCUUCGAGAAAAUGGCAACAGACGAAGUGCCACAUGAGCAGCCUCGACAUGGUAACGGCGUCCUCGAAGGCAAUUGA